AUGAUUAAGGUCAAGAUUUUGUCUGGUAUCUUCCAUGUAUCUUGUACCUUCUCUGUUCUGCUACUCCAUUCCUGCACACUCAUUAUCACUUCUCGCCGCGUUGCAUCUUUAUUUCUUAACACUCACACCUCCACGUUCAACAUGUCAGUUCAGGUUCCCGUAACUGAUCAACGAUCGACCGCCACCAUCAAGAUUGCAAACUACCUCAGAGACAACAAAAUCUUGAAAAUGAGAACUGGUCUCUUGAAUAAUACCAAUGACGUGGACUUUUUCAGGUUCAAGCGAAUCAUUCGGGCACUCACAUCUGAAGAUUAUAAGAAAAAACAGAGUAAUCCAAAGAACGAGCUUAUUCCCAUUGAGAGCGACCAAGAAGCUGCCAGAAUUUUCAUUCAGUUGGUUCAAAACCAAAUAGUGACCCCGGUGGAAAAGCUUCAUUACGCUGAAGUUAAGCAGUAUAGAGGUUGGAAACCAGACCGUAAUAAACCCACGUUGAAGCCAACCACCAGGGCUAACCUUGAUCCUAAUGCUUAUUACGUAUGGAACUACACCAAGCCAAACCCAUACAUGAUGCUUUACGGAUUUUUGAUCUUGGCCGGUGCGUUCGCCGUGAUCCUCUUCCCCCUCUGGCCUGCAAAAAUGAAGUUGGGCGUAUGGUACUUGUCCAUGGGUUUGCUUGGGCUCAUUGGUUUAUUUUUCGCCAUUGCCUUUGUUCGUCUCAUCAUAUAUGUGGUGACGUUAUUGACGAUGAAACAGGCGUUCUGGUUGUACCCCAACUUAUUUGCUGAUUGCGGAGUGAUUGAGAGUUUCAAGCCCUUGUAUGCGUGGGAGGAAGACAAGAAAAAGGCAAAGAAAUCAAAGAAGAAAAGAGCCACUUCUCAACCCUCUGACACUGCAACCGGUACUACUACUGGAGCCUCGACCUCUAACGCAAAUGCCACCCAACGCAGAGUUGUCCUCGAAGAAGUGGACGAGUAA